AUGUCACCGGAAGAUCUCACGCUCGGAAUGGCGGAUUCAUGGCCGAUGUUUGUGUUGUAUCUCAUCGCAGCCAAGAUCUUCCAUGAUCUUUGUCUCGCAAUCUACCGCGUUUACUUCCACCCACUAGCCAAAUUUCCAGGCUCAAACCUUGCUAAGGCCACUUACUGGCAUGAGACCUUUUACGAUGUCUUCAAAGGUCACCAAUAUAUCUGGAAGAUCAAGGAGAUGCACGAGAAGUAUGGUCCUGUCAUAAGAACCAACCCAGAUGAUGUGCACAUCCACGAUCCUGACUUCUUCGAUGACCUUUACACACUCAAACUCGAUAAAUGGGCAUGGUGGACUCGCGGCUUUGCUGUGCCCACAGCCGGCGGUAUGACCGUUGAGCACGAGGUGCAUCGAAAACGGAGAGGUGCCCUGAAUCCUUUCUUCAGCAAGGCCUCAAUUGUUGGCAACAUUCCCAUCAUCCAGGAAAAGCUGGCUAUCAUGUGCUCUCGGCUCGACAAGAUCGUCGGUAGUCGUGAAGUCCUGGAUCUGGAGUCGAUCUACUUGGCAGUCACUACAGAUGUUCUCACCCAAUGUUCGUAUGGCUGGACUUACGACUACAUCCACAAUCCCGAAUGGGCCAUGAAAUGGAAGCUGGUCAAUACUGGUGGACGCGCCUCCGCUGCCAUUGUUCGCUCCUUCCCACUUAUUGGCAAAAUUGUACGCUCAAUGCCUCUUGCCGUGGCACUCAAGCUGGUUCCCCCCGUCGGCUUCAUGAAAUCAUGGAUGCAACGCGUUGGCAUACAAGUCAAGAAGAUCAAGUCCGACCCAGAGACAAUGAGUAUGAUCAAAUCCGAGAAGCGACGGAAGGAUACCAUCUUCGCCCAGAUCCUCUCCACCGACCUCCCUGAGCACGAGCUUAGUGAUCAGCGCUUGAUCGACGAAGGUGUGCUCAUUGCGACCGCCGGUUCUGAAACUACUGCAUGGGCAAUUACCAUCACAACUUACCAUCUUAUGAAGACGCCCUCGGCUCUAAAACGCAUGCGCGAGGAGUUAGCUGCCGUUGACAUCACCCCAGGCGACCCUGUCGCACCAUGGACGGCCCUCGAGAAGCUUCCGUACACCACAGCCGUUAUCAAAGAAGGACUGCGCAUGGCGGGCGGCAUGCUCUCUCGUUUGCCUCGAAUCUACGACAAGCCCAUCCAGUACAAGGAAUGGCUCAUCCCCGCCGGCACACCCAUAGCCAUGACUCCACAUCUCGUCCUCAUCGACGACACCAUCUUCCCAGAGCCGCGCAAAUUCGAUCCGGAGCGCUGGCUCGAUCAGUUGGCCGAAGGCAAGACCACGUCACGCUUGGACAAGUACAUUGUCGCGUUUGGCAAAGGAAGCAGGAACUGCAUUGGCAUGCACUUGGCGUACGCGCAGCUGUAUAUGACGCUUGCGGCGGUGGUGCAGCGCUACACCCUGGAAAUGUACCAGACUGAUGACAGUGAUGCGACGCCGACGCGGGACCUGUUUACUGCGGGCGUGAAGUUGGAUAGUAAAGGGAUACGGGUCAUUGUGCACGACAAGGAUGAGAAGCUCUGA